CUCCAAAUGACCGCCCACGUGAUCCCGCGUUUCUAUCGCUUCUUCUUCACUUGGCUCGACCCCAUGAUAGCCUUCUCUGGCGGUCUUACCGACUUCGUCUCCCCAGACUUUAUCGUCAAUUCGCUCGUUUCCAAAGAGCUUAGACCCGAGUUAGCUGUUAAUCCGACCUACAAAUUCAUUUUCCAACAGGCGGGCGGCGCCAUGUUCGCUGCUGGCUUCCUCUCUGUCGCCCUCCUUCGUGCAACGAAUGAUUUGAAGAUUUGGAAACAUGUACAGGCUGCUAUCUUGAUCAUGGACUUUGCCACGCUUUACUCAGCCUGGGACACUCUUCGUUUGCAGGGCCGUCUGAUGGCGGGGUGGCGAGGUGAGGAUUGGGGCACAGUGGGCGUCACAGCGUUCGUAACGUUGUUAAGAAUCGCCUUCUUGGCUGAGGUGGGAUUCCGGCCGAAGCCUGCAUCUAGGGUCAAUCAACGUACGAUGCUAUGA